CCUGUCUGGAACUCAAACUCACACCAGCUCACUAACUCGCAUACAAAGAAAACAGAAAACGCUCGCAAAGAUGCCGUGCCCUGCCACCAUCCGCAAGCAGAUGACAAGAAUGCCAAGCGCUUACCAGUCAGUCUUGGAGAAAUUUUUGGUGGUGGACCAAAUCCUCUCAGAGUUUCUCUUGACUAAAGAAGAUUUAAAAGACGUGAUGAGGAGAAUGCAGAGAGAGAUGGACAGAGGGCUGCGUUUGGAGACCCAUGAUGAGGCCAGCGUUAAAAUGCUGCCCACUUAUGUCCGCUCUACACCCGAAGGCUCCGAGGUGGGAGAUUUCCUGGCACUGGACUUGGGUGGCACCAACUUCCGUGUGAUGCUGGUCAAAGUGGGUGAAGAUGAGGAGAGAGGCUGGAAGGUGGAGACAAAGCAUCACAUGUACUCCAUCCCCGAGGACGCCAUGACCGGAACUGCAGAAAUGCUUUUCGACUACAUCGCCGAGUGCAUAUCCGACUUCUUGGACAAGCACCACAUCAAACAUAAGAAGCUUCCUCUGGGUUUCACCUUCUCUUUUCCAGUCCGCCAUGAGGACUUAGACAAGGGAAUUCUACUCAACUGGACAAAAGGGUUCAAGGCCUCUGGAGCUGAAGGCAAUAAUGUCGUUGGCCUGCUCAGAGAUGCCAUCAAAAGGAGAGGGGACUUUGAAAUGGACGUGGUUGCCAUGGUGAAUGAUACAGUGGCCACUAUGAUCUCCUGUUACUAUGAGGACCGGAGCUGUGAGGUUGGCAUGAUAGUGGGAACGGGGUGUAAUGCGUGUUAUAUGGAGGAGAUGCGUACAGUGGAGCUGGUGGAAGGGGACGAGGGGCGUAUGUGUGUGAAUACGGAGUGGGGUGCCUUUGGAGAAAACGGAGAGUUGGAGGACUUCCGCCUGGAAUAUGACCGAGUGGUGGAUGAGUCAUCGCUCAACCCAGGACACCAGCUGUAUGAGAAACUCAUUGGUGGGAAGUACAUGGGGGAGCUGGUGCGGCUGGUUUUGAUGAAGCUGGUGAACGAAGGCCUGCUCUUCAAUGGCGAAGCUUCAGACAUGCUGAGGACACGGGGCAGCUUUGAGACCCGCUUCGUCUCCCAGAUCGAAAGUGACACAGGGGACAGGAAGCAGAUCUAUAACAUCCUGAGCUCUCUGGGCGUCCUGCCGUCUGAGCUGGACUGUGAUAUUGUGCAUCUGGCCUGUGAGAGCGUGUCCACACGUGCCGCUAACAUGUGUGCGGCCGGGCUGGCCGGGGUCAUCAAUCUGAUGAGGGAGCGCCGCUGCCAGGAGGAGCUGAAGAUAACCGUGGGAGUGGACGGCUCUGUCUACAAGCUCCACCCACGUUUCAAGGAGCGCUUCCACAAGGUUGUCUGGGAGCUGACCCCAAACUGCGAGAUCUCCUUCAUCCAGUCUGAGGAAGGCAGCGGCCGAGGAGCUGCGCUUAUCUCUGCAGUGGCCUGCAAGAAGGCCGCUUGCAUGAUAACGCCAUGAGAGACAAUGCUGUGAGAUGCCCCAAACACUAGAUGGCGCUCCAGGCUCACUGCUAACCUGCAAGGUUGAGGAUGCUCACCUGGAGUGGCCCUGUUAAGCCUCCCUUCGCACAGAAAUGUGCAUUUCUCCAGAACGGGGCUUUGCUGUGUGGAACACAUGGCUUUUGUCACACUUUUGGCACUUAAGUGUUCACUGCACAGUCCACACAAUUGUACAUGUUUGAAGUCCAAAAUGUCAUUUACGCAGGCUAAACUUUCAGAAGCUGUGAAUAGGCUAUACUUUACACGCAAAGGAUGUUACUAAUUAUGUACCUGUACAUAUCUUUAAUAGCAAUAUGAUUUUCUUUGGAGAAAUAUCUUAUCAUGGACAAUGUAGAUGUUGCUUUGUGUUUAACACACUGUCUUUAUUGUAUUGUGGUGACUCUUACUGUCUUAAUAAGUUGGAGAAGGAGGAUUGAUGGCACUGGAAACAGGCAACAGCAUAGCUGACACUUGUAAAGGGUUUAUUACUGAUUAAUGCUUAUUUUAUUUAUUACAUUUGAAAAUGUGUUUGUAUCCUGUGGUAGGCUUAACUUAAUUUUAAUGUUACAUAGGAGGAAUAACUACUCAUGUAAAAUGCUUAAUUUCUGUAAAUAAAGUUGCUGUAAUGUAAA